GUGCAUGUGUGGGCUUGCAUGUUUGAGGGUGUGUGUGUGUGUGUGUGUGUGUGUGUGUGUGUGUGUGUGUGUGUGUGUGUGUGUGUGUGUGUGUGUGUGUGUGUGUGUGUGUGUGUGUGUCUGUGUGUGUGUGUGUGUGUGUCUGUGUCUGUGUCUGUGUCUGUGUGUGUGUGUGUGUGUGUGUCUGUGUCUGUGUCUGUGUGUGUGUGUGUGUGUGUGUGUCUGUGUCUGUGUGUGUGUGUGUGUGUGUGUGUGUGUGUGUGUGUGUGUGUGUGUGUGUGUGUGUGUGUGUGUGUGUGUGUGUGUGUGUGUGUGUGUGUGUGUGUGUGCAGGUGGCCCGGGUAACCAGGCAGGCCUCCAGCAGGGUGAUUGUGUUCUGCAGAUGAACGGUGUUCCCGUGGAGAGCUGGCAGUGUGUGGACCUGGCCCACGCCAUCAGGAGCUCUACUCAGAUAGUCCUGGUGGUCUGGAGGGGUCAACCCGACCUGAAGCCACCCUGUGCAGUCUCACCCGCCUCUCAAACAUGGCCGCCGCAGAGGACAAGGGUCAGGCGUGAAGUCCCGUCUGGGGUCGCUGUGGCGAGAGGAGGAACCAAGUUACCCCCCCGCCACCACCACCACCACACUCAAGGGCACACGGGUCACGUCAUCAAACGGAGACAACUAUAUUAUCCUCUCGCCCGUCAAUCCAGGAAGCCAGAUGCUUCAGACUGUAUACCAGGAUGAAAAUGGCACCAUUGGACGGCUGUACCAGACCCACCCCAGUAGGGGGCUCCACCAGCAGGAGCCUCGCUUCCUCCAGCAGCCCCCCGUGGAGUGGAGCACAGGAGGAGGAGGAGGACACUCCUUCCAAACCACCACCUUGCCCCCUCCGUCCUCCUCCACAUCCCUCGUCCUCUCCACGACACCCGUCCUGUCCGGUUGCUACAACAACUACCAGAACUGCACCAUGGUCCAGUCCCACGCGCCGUGCUCCGGCUACGGAGCCUAUGGCACGCUGGCGCCCAAAACCCUCAUCUUCCCCGUCUUCGUCCAGCCUCUGGACCUGUGCAGUGCGGACAGAACGCUGCUGGUGGCGGAGGAGAUGGUUCUGCACCAAGGACCGCUGCAGCCCACCAAGGUGACUGUGCUGAUCUAUACAGACCUGAUCUUACUGACCAGAGAGGAUGAGGCCGGACGCUGUAACGUCCUCCAGAGUCCUCUGUAUCUUCAUAACACCCGCCUGCACUAUGUGAACUCUGAGCCCCUGCGUCUCUAUCUGGCUCAGUGUGUGUGUGAGCACUGGGAGUGUGACAUCAGCCUGGAGGCUUUCAGCCACGACCAGAAGACCAGAGUCAGCCUCUGUCUCCAUGACAACAUCACCCAACAGCUGGCUGUCCCCGUGGAGACCCCACACAGCAACCAGAGGGACGUGAGCCUCCUGUCCCUGGGACAGCUCGACCUCACCUCCAGGCCCUCCUCCCCUUACGCCACCUUUUCGGACCUCCCUCUGCGCACCUCCUCCCCUCCUCCCCACCCUCCUCCCCCUCCCCACCCUCCUCCCCCUCCCCACCCUCACCCUCCUCCCCCCCACUUCCUCCCCUUCUCUCCAGAGCGGUGCGGCGCCCCCCCCUGGAUCCUGGCCUCCCCCAUGGAGUCCCCCUCCAAGCGGAGCAGCUACCCCCCGCUGUGGAGGGAGCGGGAGGGGAGGGGGGGCGGCGGAGGGGAGGCGGAGGGAGACAGGGUGACGGAGCGGCUCGGCGGGAGGACCUGCAAGGGGAGGGAGGCGACGAGGAGGGAGAGGGAGCAGGAGAGGGAGGAGCGGCAGGCCGGGGAGGGCCAGAGCGUCUCGGAGGCCUCCGAGAGCAUCUGGGGGGGCGACUCGGCGCCUCUCUCGUGCUGCUCCUCGCCUCUCCCCCCCGUCUCUCCCCCGCCGCCCUACGACUUGGCACGCUCCGCGAGAAAGACCCGGCGGGCGGGCCACAGUACUGAGGACGAAGAGGAGGAGGAGGAGGAGGAGGAGGAGGAGGAAGAGGAGGACCUGGUUCAGGAGUGUACCUCCCCAUUUAGGCUAGGAGCCCCACGUUCCCUACAACGCUCUCUGUCUGAAGGAUCCCUUCUCCAGGAACCUCGAUCCCCCUACUUCCUGUCUGACAGCACCAUCCACAGGCUCACACGACCUUCGACCUCUGAACCCGACCGGGGCCGCCCUCCCUCCCCGCACACCCUCAGGAGAGAGCUGACCCGGGAGGGGGGGUCCCUCCAACAGAUGUUCCACUUUCUCAACGGGGUGAAGGACAGAGAGUCUAAAUACGGCCACCAAAAGAGGAAGAAGAGCUUAGCUGAAGACAUCAGAAGCCGCAUGGCAUUUCUACGACGACAAAACAACUUUAAUGCCAACAGUCUGGAGAGAGCAUUCAGAAACGGCCGACCCCCCCUGGAAGAGGUGUGGAGGUGGGCGGACAGCUUUGAGGCUCUGCUGUCCAACAAAUACGGCAUGGCAGUGUUUCGACACUUCCUGAGGUCAGAGUUCAGCGAGGAAAACCUGGACUUCUGGUUGGCUGUGGAUAAAUACAAGAAGACGCGCACGCUGAACAAGAUGGCAACCAGAGCCCACAGCAUCUUCAACGAGUUCAUCUCGACAAGUGCUUCUCGACAGGUCAAUGUGGAUUCAUCUGUCAGGGAGGUGACCAAUCAGAACCUGCGUCAGGCUCCUGGCCCCGCCUCCUUCCAGCUGGCACAGGAACAGAUAUACAGCUUGAUGGAAAGUGACAGUUAUCCACGAUUUCUCAAGUCCCUCCUCUACUCUCAGCUGGCCAACCAGAGGCCAGCACAUGCACAAACGGACUGCCAGAAUGAGAAAGGAUCUACCAAGUCCUUCAACGGGAUAGGUCCCACGUCUCUGGCCAGCCAAUCAGAGCAAAAGACACUGAUAUGAGCGCUGUGGUCAUGAACUACUUGCCUAAAACCUAAAACAAGCUUCUGCCCACAUGUGGAUGCUAUGUGCACACUUGGCUCCUCUACCAGCUGCAGCUACAUUAACAUAUAUCGUCACAAAAGCAUGUUUAGGCCUUUAGAUGUAGACAGACGGCAGAUCUGUUUCUGAUCUAGACGGUUAGCUCGGCUUGAAGAGUCCUGCUAGAGGAGUAAAUCCUGGUUUUAAUACGUUGAAAGGCUUUUUAGCAGGUCUUGGGAUCUGUUUAGCCUAACAGGUAAUCUAUAGGUUGAUUAAUGCUGCUAGCCAGAUGAUUGAUAGUAGCGAAUCGCCAGUGGCCCGUGACAGUUGUUUUACCAAAUCAAUGCCGGAUGUUAUCCAAAAAUCACAGCGUCUUCCACGUUGCCAUGGUUAAAGAACCAUUGCAACAUGCAUACUAUUAUUCUUUUUCAUGAAGGACAUUGUAUUUAUUCUAUAAAUAGUAUACUAUAGCAGUGAAUCUAUUAUACAGGUAGUUCUAUAAGGACACAUUUGUAAUACUUUAAUAUCUGAUGAACAUGCAGUCUUGGCGUGCUGGUCGGUUCGUACUGGUUGCUCCAAGCUACUCAUAUAUUAUAACAAUACUACACUGGCUGGAGAACAGCCUUAUAGAUGCUUUAACCCUGACCAGUGUUAAGAGUUCUGAAAGUAUUUUGUACUCUUGUAGACCGCUUUAAGAGUUUUUCUAAAUGUAUCCGAGCAUGCAAUGUGUUGUAGCGAUGGCCCUGCAAAGCUAUUGUUUCUGAUUGUAGUUCAUUGGUGUCAGACUUCAGUAUGGCUGUUCCAGAGUGGAAAUAAAACGUCCCAUUAACACCUC